UGGGGAAUGAGAAUCGACAUGGUAAAAUUGCGCAUCCCUCUUCGUGCAAUUAGCAUUCUCAGGGCAAGCUUGACCAUCAGGCUUUUCGAUCCAAAAAUACUAAUUUCAGUCAAAGUCGACAACAAUUCUCCCCAAUGCAAAGGCGGCAUAAAUCGUCCAAUUCCAUAGGAGUCAGGAAAACACUCUAACACAGUCGCGACUUCCACCGAACAGUUACGGGACAAGCCCCAACACAUCAACUUUAGAUAUACAACCUUCCGCAUGUUUUGUUAGUACCAGGCUCCUUGAUUUACCCUACCUACAUUACGUUGGCUUGCGGGAUCUCAUACACAUACGAGCCAUACGGUGGUAUCAUGAUGCUCAUCUAUUGCUGCAAAAACUUUAUCAACGGUUGUGAACACCGCAAGCUGAUAUGCAGCCUGUGCAUGCCACUUUCCAUUACUUACGUUGUACAGUACUUCCCCUUUGAUACAUGUACUAGGCCGUCUGGUGGGCUGGUAGCACAGCAGAACUGGAAACCACCCAACCUUUUGCGCGCCUGCAUGGUGCUGACGAAAAUGGGCGACUGGACCGUGGACCGGAGAAAGCUAUCACUAAUCAGACUCCCGGAUUCGUUACGGCGUUACCGAGGUUGGACGGGAGCCCGGCGAAUACGUUAUGGGUUUAUCAUCGUGAUGAAGGCCCCAGAUGGUGUUGACAGCCAGAGCUCCGGCAGAUAUGACGGGAUUGGAUCAUUUACAGGCUACGUUGGGUCUCAGAGCGUUUGGUCCAAUGGGGAGUGGAGGGCCAGGGACAAAAUGGAUGAGCUAGCCAGGACGAUCCAGUACCGGAGGCAAGUGGUCAAGUCCAACCUCAGACUGAAUCGCCGGGCAUAUCAUUACUAAGGUAGGUAUCUUGGAUGAUUCUUGUUACUUAUUGGGUUGAACUUGGAUAGGAUAUCCGGUCUAGAGGGCUACAUUAAAGUCCUGCGCCAUGGCACUCGGGGUUGCUUACUUG